CAGCUAGUGUGUCUCGAUACGCUAGGUCCGAGGCCGCCUUCCAUGCUCAAAGGCAGCCUUUGCGAGCCUCGCCGAACACCAGCACUCGUCGCGGAUCCCUUUGGCAUCGUACCAAGCGUGCCACGCCGCCCGCGGCCUGUUAGAUGCGCCACACACUCACCAUGGCCCUCGCCGCCGUCGCCGCCCGCAGCAGCCGCGCCUUCAUGCACGCGGCGCGGCGCGCCGCGAGGCCAGCGACGCGCCUGGCCUCGUCGAACUCCUUUGAAUUGGAGGGCACGAUCACGAAGAUCGGCGACGUCCAGAAGUUCGACUCCGGCUUCGAGAAGAUCGAGUUCGUCGUGACGACGGCGCAGGACCCGUACCCGCAGGAUAUUAAGUUCGAGCUGCUGAAGGAGAAGAUCGAGCUGUUGGAUGCGUAUUCCGUCGAUCAACGGGUUUUGGUCAGUUUCAACAUCAGAGGGAAUGAGUGGCAGGGGAGGCAUUUUGUCAAUUUACAAGCGUGGCGGCUCCAGUCCCUCUCGUCGCCAGCAACGGCGUCUCCAUCUUCAUCGUUCGGCGGCGCCUUCUCCUCAUAUAACGAUGACGCGCCGCCCAUCCCGGACGAGCAGAAUGCAUCUGACGCGUCUCCGGAGAAGAAGGACGACCUGCCGUUCUAA